CACCCACCGUUCUAGAAUCGGCGGUCUCCACCCCACUGUUUAGAGUGACGCUUUUUCUUUUUCUUGCUUUCUUUUUUGGGUGUCUUUUGCUGCUCUGCCCAACGCCGCUUUACUCUGCGCGGAAGAUUCGACCCGGUCCCCUUUCCUCUUCCACCGUCUCGUCGCCCCCUUUGUCGAGAUGGACGACGGCGAAAUAUACGAAUACGACGACCAGCGGCCGCGGAGCCCCGGAUCCGACGGCGGCGGAGGGACGAGCAUCCACAUCACGGCGCUGGACGGCAUCAUCAACGUGAACUCCCUCUUUACGCUGGCCGUCUUCGUGGGCCUCGCCUGGAACCCAUCCGACCUCUCCGCCGGCAGCCUCGCCUCCGGCGACUGCGUCGCGGGGAAGCGGGUGGCGCAGGACCUGGUCUCCUUCCACGUCUUCGCCUUCGCCUCCUUCCUCUUCUCCAGCCUCGUCGCUCUCUGCCUCAAGCAGGCCAUCCGCCUCGUCCACCCGCCCGGCAGCUCCCGGGCCGCGCGCGUCAACAGGGCGCUGCUUCGCGCCGGCAUCCUCGCCUCCGCCGUCGGCUCCGUCUUCGGAUGCGGCUUUCUCAUGCUCGCCCUCGUCAACGUCGUCCAGGUCAAGCUCGGGCGGCUCGGGUGCGGCGGCUCCGCUUCCGCUGGGGCCAUCGCGCCCCUCGUCACCCUCGUCCCCGCCGCCAUGCUCAUCUACACCGCCAUCGUCUUUUACGCCUUCACUCGCUAGUCGGUCGCCAUGAUCGGUCUCAACCGCCCAUCCAUCAACCAUUUCCAUGGUUAGGGUUAGGGUUAGGUCUCUCUGUGAAUUAGUCUUCUCCGAGGUUCCGACCUGUUUAUUUUUUCCUUCCUCUUUUGUGUGUGGAAAUCUUGAUUUGAAAAUACCGACUUUGUGAAUAACUGUUUUAAUCUUUCAUGAAUUUAUUUGCUUGCUUAUAUGAUGAACUUUAAGAUUGAUUUCGUAUCUUUUUUGUACAGAAUUUUAUUUGGAAAUGGUGAUUAUUUUUUUUUGUUAAUUUUCAAAAACGCUUUGAUUAGUCGGUGUGAGUUGUUCGUGCAUACUUCAUUGUAUAACUAAGAAAAGAGUGCAUUGAUGGAAGUAACCGAUCAGAUCUAUGGGAAGUGGAGACACGGAUAUCUGUUGUACAAGGCUUAUUUUGACCGUCAAACAUUGAAGAAAGUUUAGAAAGUAGUUGCUCCUCGUGAAUUCCUAUCCGAAACUGCCCAAAAGCCAGCAUUUCCACUUGGGGAACAAUUGGCAAGUCAAAUGGAAGAUUCUGCCUCCAGUUUCAACAGUUCUUCAACAAUGGCAAAGAAUCAAUUCGACAUCUCCUUCAGUUUCCACUACCUCCAUUACCUCAUAUUUGCUUCCUCUUUGCCCCGAUCCAUUUUUGUGCUCUGCUUUCUGCGAUCAUGCCGACCAUGUAACUACAAGCAAUCACGUUGGGAGAUUAGAAUAUACGUGAUCCCAGAAGAAUGGGUUCACCCAUAAUUGCUAAUGGUUUGGACGAAAAUAUCUACAAAGGGAGAUCGGGAAGAAGGUCGGGGUGCUCGACAAUGCAAGUUUAGUUGUAGGAACGGCAGGAUGUUGGUGAAGGAUAGAGGACAAUCCUCUGAUGCUUGAAGCACUGAAGCAAGUCUCCACAGAAAGAAAGCAAGAGUUUCAGAAGACAUUUAUGUCUUAGUUGCUGGAGAUGGACUGAGGGUUUAUAGAUAUGAGGAGCUCGGACCAAAUUUACUUGUUCUGGGUUCUCUGGAGCAACAACAAUUGGCAAGGUUUUACAACUUGAUGGAUGAUGUUUUCAUAAAUCCGAGUCUCAGAGCAACAGGCCACAGGGUUUGUAUCAUGCACUAUAGAAGCAAUGCUUUCUGGUGUUACGGCCACAGAAUUUGCCAGCAUUACCAGCACUCUUAUUGUGGGGCCAGAUAUCAGCUACGCAUUUUCGCAAACAGUUCGUUUGCUUGAGGACUCUUUCCGCAGGAUUCUGGACAUGGAAAAAGAGUACUCACGGAGGAAGGUGAGGUCGGCUGAAACAGAGCAACGUGGCUCUGCGGGAAAGAUGGCAGCUGCUUGUGAAAGGCUUGUGCUCUGCUUUUCUAGAGAAGCUAAUGUAAAGGCUAACAAUGAUUACUGAAAAGGCCUAUUUCCAUGGGAUUGAAGUGGGUGAAGCUGUUCUAUCCAUUUUGGUGGGUGUUAGUGCCACCAUAAACAAACUGUAAUUGAUGUAGCGCUGCCUCCAUUAAAGUCAUAUAGGCUAUGUGGCUGCGGCACUCAUCUAUAUCCAUGAAUAUGGUCUUCUUGGAGCUUCUCCAGCAAUAUAUAUACCUGUGGAAAGGUUUAUAGUCUGCGCACGGAAGAGAUGGAAGUUACAAUGAAUCACUUCUGCCUCCUCGGAUUUUUUGUGGUUGCAAGUAUCGCGGGAUCGGAGAGUGCUAAUGGAGCUGGGGGAUGUGGGAAUGUUCGUGUUCAUAGAGUUGCCCUUCGGAUGGCUCUGAGUGCAGCAGCAUCACGAGAUGCACAGGCCGGAGUUUCAGAUAGGUGCUGCUCAGAAGAAGUGAAGAAGCUAGGCCAGAACCCAAGCUGCC